UCGCGAUGCUGCUGCGCCUGCUGCUGGCCUGGGCGGCCGCGGUGCCCACCCUGGGCCAGGCCCCCAGGGCCCCCGAGCCCCGCGCCGCCUGCGGCCCCGGCAGCUGCUACGCGCUCUUCCCGCGGCGCCGCAGCUUCCUGGAGGCCUGGCGGGCCUGCCGCGAGUUGGGGGGCGACCUGGCCACGCCGCGGACACCCGAGGAGGCCCGCAGCGUGGACGGCCUGGUGGGCGAGGGCCCGGCCGGCCGGCUGCUGUGGAUCGGGCUGCAGCGGCAGGCGCGCCAGUGCCAUCCGCAGCGCCCGCUGCGCGGCUUCACGUGGACCACGGGAGACCAGGACACGGCCUUCACCAACUGGGCCCUGCCAGCUUCAGGCGGGCCCUGCCCGGCCCAGCGCUGUGCAGCCCUCGAAGCCAGUGGUGAGCAUCGCUGGCUCGAGGGCUCCUGCACGCUGGCCGUCGAUGGCUACCUGUGCCAGUUUGGCUUCGAGGGUGCCUGCCCCGCGUUGCUGGAGGAGGCGGGCCAGGCCGGCCCCAUCGUCUACACCACGCCCUUCCAGCUGGUCUCUACCGAGCUGGAGUGGCUGCCCUUCGGCUCGGUGGCUGCUGUGCCGUGCCAGGUUGGCAGGGGAACCUCCCUGCUCUGUGUGAAGCAGCCCGAGGGUGGUGUGGGCUGGUCGCGGGCUGGGCCCGUGUGCCCGGGCACCGGCUGCGACCCUGACAACGGAGGCUGUGAGCAUGAGUGCGUGGAGGAGCUGGACGGCCAGGUGACCUGUCGCUGCACGGAGGGCUUCCGGCUGGCAGCGGACGGGCGCAGCUGUGAGGACCCCUGUGCCCAGGCCCCCUGUGAGCAGCAGUGUGAGCCCGGCGGGCCACAGGGCUACAGCUGCCACUGUCGCCUGGGUUUCCGGCCAGCUGAGGACGAGCCGCACCGCUGUGUGGACACAGAUGAGUGCCAGAUCGCCGGCGUGUGCCAGCAGAUGUGCGUCAACUAUGUCGGUGGUUUCGAGUGCUACUGCAGCGAGGGCCAUGAGCUGGAGGCAGACGGGAUCAGCUGCAGUCCUGCGGGGGCAACGAGCACCCGGGCUUCCCAGGACCUUGAUGAUAUGCUGCUGGAUGAUGGGGAGGAAGAGGAGGACGAAGAUGAGGCCUGGGAGGCCUUCGAUGGUGGCUGGACAGAGGCCCCUGGGAUCCCGUGGAUGGAGCCCACGCAGCUGCCUGACUUUGGCCUGGCCUAUGGUCCCGGCUUCCCAGAAGCCCCAGAGCCUUACCCGGAGCCCACGUGGCCGCCCCCACUCAGUGCCCCCAGGGUCCCCUACCACUCCGCAGUCCUCCCUGUCACGCGGCCUGUGGUGGUCUCUGCCACACGCCCUGCACUGCCUUCUGCUCCUCAGCCCCCUAUAAGUCCAGCUGUGCACCCAGCUUUGUCCCCUCGCCAUCAGUUCCCCAAGAUCUCACCCAACUAUCCAGAUUGGCUCUCUGCCCACCAACCUCCCAUUAUCCCUGCCACUCACCCAGCACAGCCCCCUGCCCACCAGCUCCCCGUUAUCUCAGCCAAAAAUUCUCAACUGUUUUCUGUCCGCCAGCCCCCCAUGGCCCAAGACACCACUCAUUUGCCUCGAAUCCCAGGUACUCACACUCCACUGGUCACCCCCAGUGCCCCUCAAUCCUCUCUGACCCCAGAUGUCCUGGUCAUCACAACCCAAACCACCCAGCUUCCUAUUACCCCAACUCUGACCAUCACUCCCAGGUCCCCUGCCCAUGAAGUCCCCAGGACUGCUGCCACCCAGCCCCCAGCCCUCUCUACUCUCCUGCACCCUCAGAGCCCCUCGAACCAGGCCUCAGUCCCCAGCCCUACACACCCCCAUUCCCAAGCCCCUCAAGUCCCAAGGGAAGGUGCUCCUGACCCCGAGCUGGCCCCGUGGCUGUCUUCAGCGGCCCCCACAGCCGUGGGGGAGGCUGGUCCGGCAGGCCAUAGCCGGAGGGAUGACCGGUGGCUGCUGGUGGCACUGCUGGUGCCCACAUGUGUCUUCCUGGUGGUCCUGCUUGCACUGGGCAUCGUGUACUGUACCCGUUGUGGCCCCCAUGUGCCCAGCAAGCGUGUCACCGACUGCUAUCGAUGGGUCACUCACGCUGGGAGCAAAGGCCCAACGGAACCUGCGCUCCCCCGGGGCAGCCUCACAGGGGUGCAGACCUGCAGAACCAGCGUGUGAUGGGGUGCAGCCCCCCCACAGGGUGUGGGGGAAGGGGCACGCUCUGGACACAUGGGUGAGGCUGUAUCAGGGACCCAUGGGGGCUGCCCAGCUGGACAGAGGGCUUCCUGCUUCCCCGGGCCCAGCCAGGCUCCACUCUCCGUCCACCACUAGACUGGACUCGUGGGAACUCUGCUCCCUGGCCCAGCACUCACAACAGAAGAGACACCGAGGCCCCCAGGACUUCACGGGUGGACGCUGGGGUCUUCUCCAAUAAACAGGGUGCCAACCCCACCCUAAGCUCCUGA